AAGUAUGUGAAAUGGUUUGAUACAGUAAUGGAAUACUAUGUGAUUUUAGUGAUUUUAGUAAAUGUCACUUUUUGUCAUUUUCAAAUUUCCCGCUGUUCCGUCCCCCAUACGUCCCGACGCUCGCAGGGGACUGAACCCAGAUGACAGAUGCCGGCAUCUGCCUGAUUACAUUGCCGGGGACACUGCAGGAGGGACAUCGCGCGGGGAGUGCAGGACAAGGUAAGUGAUCGAGGGACCGCGGAGCAGCGCCGCAUGGUAAGCCCGAGUGUAGCUCAAGGUUACCACUUGUGCUACACUCGGGAAUAUCGCCAAGGAGGUUAAG